AUGAUAAUGCGUACGCGCGGCGACACAGCACCGCUCGCCGGCCCUCGACUCGCUGCCGGCGGCGCGCGGCGCGCGCGGCGCACUAGUGUCAAGGGAGCGAGGAGAGUGGGCGCGGUGCGGCGGGCGGCGGGGCGGGUGCGCUCAGGGCGCGCCGCCCCACCUGUAGCUCGACCUGUGGCACGCCCGACCUACUUACCUCCAGAUUAC